AUGCACGAUCUCGAUCACGACACUUCAAUCAUCCCUCGAGACAUCAUCCAUCAAGUCAACGAUCUCAAAGUCAAGAAUACCUCCAACGACGAUGAGUUGCUCAAGAUACGCCUCAGUGCCAACAAUCACCUCUUCGAGUGCAACCACUACAAUCUCCAAGUCACUCAACACAGGCUCGUCUUCAUGGGCGGACACCCCCUCAUCCACACUCGUCCUGAUGGCAGUAUCAACCACUUCAACUCCGGGAAAAUUCAUUACGCCAUCAAACUUCUCGAAUUCGACAAAAAGAAGGCAGAUGCACUGAGCGCAUUCCAUACUGCACAAAAGAGAUACUUCAAGCUCAUCGAAGAAAUGAAGGAGACAGAGCUUGAGAUUCAGCAGCUGUUGAGCAGUCUCAACAAGGAUGGCGAGGAAGAAGAUAAGGAAAUGCAGGAAUCUAGAAAGAGAUUCACUUCGCUGGAGGAGACUCGCGCUCAAAUGAUGGAGGGCUGGCUCGACUGGUUGGCAGAGCUUUCUUGA